UCUGACCAUUACCUCCACCCCCUACUGCUUCAAACUGACUGAUCUCUACUGGCAAUCUCCUGCAUGCACACUCACCCAGUGACAGUGUGUUAAUUGUUUGAGAGUGACGAGCGACAGAUUGUGAGGGAGGCAGGGAAGUGUAAAAGAAUGAGGGAGAGGGAGGGAGAGAGAGGGAGGGAGGAGAGCAGUGGUCAGUGAGGCAGAACUCAGCUCCCGGUAAUGAAUGGAUGCUGCUCCCUCUGUCCCUCUCCUCUUUGUUCCUCUCUACUCCGCUCUCGUUUCUCCUUCUUAACACGCUUCUCUCUACCAGUCCUUUAGACGAUUGGAUUUUAUUGACUUACCUUGCGUUUGUGUUUGGAAGAAUAACACACGCAAUUUUCUCUUCAGAAGUGUGUUUUUGGCCAACUGUUGUUCUGUCUGAGAAACACACACACCCGCCGCACUCAGCUGUCUCGGAGUGUGUGUGAGACACAGGGAGACUCCUGGGUUGUCUGGCAGAAUACUUGAACUGACCAGAAUGCAUUGAGAGACGGAACAGACACCUUCAACGAAUAACAGAUCCGUCCAAUCCUACCGCCAGGAUGUCCGGGAUGGAGCUCGUAUCGGAGGACACUCUCAACCGAACUAUAUUCUCCCCAGGCAACGGCACCUUCCUGAGAUUCUCCCCCACAUCCGUUUCCACAGCAGCAGUGGGGCCGGGUUCGUCGCCAGGUCAUCAGGAGAACGUUUACGUGUACGUAUGGAUCUUCCUGUCCCUGCUGGUGUUCCUGUUGACCCUGCUCGUCAUCGCCCUCCACAGGCUGAAGAACAUCGUCACGUCCUCAUCCUCCGUGCCUGACUGCAGCAGUGAGGGCGGGAGCUCGUUCACCAACAUGGAGAUCUGCAGUGUGUCCUCACAGAGGUCCACCGUGUCCUCAGUCUCCACCUGAGAACAUGCUGGAGAACGCACGCCUGCGGAUACUGGAGAACGCACGCCUGCGGAUACUGGAGAACGUACGCCCGGGAUACUGGAGAACGCACAAACACAAGCAGCGUUAAAGUACACAACCGAACGUGAACAAGGACGACGGGGCCGAGGACCUUUGACUUAAUGGGAUUUGGCCCUGGUUACUGUGAACUCAACACUGACCUCCAUUUUAGCACAUGGGAAACGUUCACUGUGUAAAAAUGUGAAUGCCAAACCAGCCCUUCAGCCCUACCGUUAGGACGGCCCCUGUGUAUUAAUGUGUUGAAACUCAUGCCUCCAGAAAGGGUCGAGGAGUCAAUAAAUACAUUCACUUCGGGACACACACUUGAUGAUGCAAUUCAUAUUCCACUUUUAAACUGUAACACAGUUAUUCAAUUCUAAUGAACAAAUCUCUUCUGUUGAUUUUAAAAUCAAUGAACCUUAGUUUGAGUUGUAGUGGUUAGAUCAUCUGACUGGUAACCAAAAGGUUGCUAGAGUGAAUCCCCAAAGCAUCAAGGUGAAAAACCUCUAUUUUUGUCCCUGUGCUAACUGGACAUAGCUGUAAGUGACAAUGUGUUCCCAUUCAGAUUUACCCGUAGAAUAAAGUGUUAAAAAAGGAGGCAUUUCUUUUCACAUUUUUCAAAAAACCAAUAAGUGCAUGUGUCAUAUAAUUUAAAUGAUUAUUUAUCUUUUUUAUCUGAAAUUACACAAAUUCAAAACAAAAUAAUGUGGUACCUUCAGUGCUGCCUUUCCAUAUCCUCACUUUUUUUGCCAGCGGUUUAGACAUGGCUGUGUGUUGAGUUAUUUUGAGGGGACAGCAUAUUUACACUGUUAUAUAAGCUGUCAUUUCGUCAGUGUUGACACAUGAAAAGGUAUAAUCAAAUAUUUACAAAAAUGUGAAGGGUGUCCUAACUUUUGUGAGAUACUGUAUAUACACACCGAUCAGCAGUAACAUUAUGACCACUGACAAGUGAAGUGAAUUACACUGAUCUUGUUAUCAUGGCAGCUGUCAGUUGGGUGGGAUAUACUAGGGGAACAUUCUGUCUUCAAAGUUGAUGUGUUAGAAGCAGGAAAAAUGGGUAAACGUAAGGAUCUGAGCUUCUUUGACAAGGACCAAAUUGUGUU